AAACAAAAAAAAUGAUGCAACAACACCAACCUCAAGAUUCCUUCGGAUCAACUUUUGAUUUUAGCACAGACAAGGGAAGCUAUUCAAUUCCAAAGCAAGCCUUGAUCCAAUAUGUUGAAAAGGCUUUCUUACAAGAGAAAAAGUCCUUCUUGUUGCUUCCAAUUCCUUCCUCUCAGGAUUUUAUUCCCUUCUCCGUGAUGGAACAAAUUGCAAAGGAAUCAGAGAGUGUUAGAAAACAAAUGGAAAUUGUUCUUCAAACUGUGCCAGAGCAGAAUGAUAGCUUGAGUGAUUUUCACUAUACUUUUGGAUCAUUACCAGAUGAACCAAGUGUAUCCUAUGAAAGUGAUCCGAAUGCCUAUGUUCAAGAUUUGGCAUUGUUGACCAAUGAUACACCUGGAUUAUUUGUCAAUGAUAUUGAUGGUGGAAAAUUCCACUUUGUUUCACAACGUCAUUAUGAUGCAGUUGGUGACUUUGUGUGUAAAUAUGUACAGGAAGAACUUUUGGUUAAGAGAUGUAAAUUAGAUGAAUAUUGGUUGCCAUUGGAUAUGAAUGCACAAACUCAAAAAGAUCAAAUGGUUAAUAUCUUCAUGUCAAAGGAUGCAUUGACAAAUCCAAACAAACUUAUGCUUCUUAUACAGGGAUCAGGUGCUGUUCGUCCAGGACAAUGGGCUAGAGCUCUCUGUAUGAAUGACACACUCAAGACUGGUACUCAAUACAAUUAUAUUGUACAAGCUAUGAAGGAAGGAUAUGGAGUGAUUGUUUUCAAUCCAAAUCAAAACCAUUACGUUCCAAAGGAGUUGGAUGAUCCAACCAAGUACAACAAGACAGGAUACAUGAAUAGAAACAAACCAGAACCAUUGCCAAAGAAUGUCAAAAAGUCCAUUCCACACAAUCAAUCCCCACCUGAACAUACAGUCUAUGUGUGGGAUCAUUUCGUUAAGAAGGCAGCAGCUAAGGAUGUUGUAAUUGUUGCUCACUCUGCUGGAGGUUGGUGCACUAUGGAAUUAUUGAAGGAGAGAACACAGGAAUGCUUGAAUAGAGUUAGAGCUAUUGCUUUUACUGAUUCAGUUCACUCAGUUAAUUCAUCUGAUCCAAAACCUGUUCGUGAUUUUGUGGUUGCCAAUGCUGUCAAUUGGGUUACCUCUGAAAAGCAAUGUGAUGUUCUCGUUUCACCAAAGAGACAGGGAUCAUCAUGUGAAUGCAGAAGUGCUGGUCACAAUAAGCAUGAAUAUACCUCAGAGUUUUGUCGUGAAGCUGCCUUCUCAUAUAUCAAUGCUAAAUUGGCUCAAUAAAUUUAAUAAAUUUUAACAAUAUCAACUC